AAGAUAUUAAAGAGUGAGUCAGCUCAUCUGAAAAGAAUUACGGAAAAAGAAAGAAGAAAAGGGUGAAGAACAGAAGAAAGAAUGAAAAUCUGUGAUCCUCGUGGAUACCAACAACAACUACAACAAAAUCCUCUCCGCAACAUUUUUUCCUCCAACGACGUCGUUUCAUCCUCCUCUUGAAUGAAUGGGCAACUGUGGUACCAGAGAAGAAUCCGCCGUUAUUUCCAAUGCUCAAGUUCAGCAGCUACAUCCUGCUGCCGGAGCUAGAAACCAAACCACCGGCGCCGGCGGCGCUAUUGAACGGAAAAACUCUAGCCUCAGACAUCAUCUAACCGAUUCCGCUUCGGAUCUGAGCGAGUCUUGUUCAACGCCUCGCUGGAACAACGCUAACAAUAAUAAUACGCUUCUUUAUACUCACGUUAUAGCUUUCACUCUCUACGAGCUUGAAACCAUAACGAAAAGCUUUCGCGCUGAUUAUAUUUUGGGGGAAGGAGGGUUUGGUACUGUUUAUAAAGGCUACAUUGAUGAGAAUGUUAGGGUUGGACUUAAAUCUCUUCCUGUUGCUGUUAAAGUGUUGAAUAAAGAAGGACUUCAAGGUCAUCGUGAGUGGCUUACGGAGGUGAAUUUUCUUGGACAGCUUAGGCAUCCUAAUCUUGUGAAGUUGAUUGGUUACUGCUGUGAGGAUGAUCAUAGGCUGCUUGUUUAUGAAUUCAUGUUUCGAGGAAGUCUCGAAAAUCACCUAUUCCGAAAGGCAACUGUUCCUUUAACAUGGGCUACAAGAAUGAUGAUUGCUCUUGGUGCUGCCAAAGGGCUUGCCUUUCUUCACAAUGCUGAAAGGCCAGUAAUCUAUCGUGACUUCAAGACGUCUAAUAUAUUAUUGGACUCUGACUAUACAGCCAAACUUUCUGAUUUCGGGUUAGCUAAAGCAGGGCCUCAAGGUGAUGAAACCCAUGUAUCCACCCGAGUCAUGGGUACAUAUGGUUAUGCUGCUCCUGAAUAUGUAAUGACUGGCCACCUAACAGCUAGGAGUGAUGUAUAUAGCUUCGGGGUUGUUCUUUUGGAGCUUUUAACCGGAAGAAAGUCUGUUGACAAGACCAGACCUGGGAAGGAACAAAGCUUGGUAGAUUGGGCACGUCCAAAGCUCAACGACAAGAGAAAGCUCCUACAAAUAAUUGAUCCUAGAUUGGAGAAUCAGUAUUCAGUGAGGGCGGCACAGAAAGCAUGUAGCCUGGCUUACUACUGCUUGAGUCAAAAUCCCAAAGCAAGGCCACUAAUGAGUGAUGUAGUCGAGACAUUGGAACCCUUACAAAGUUCUACUGUUGGUGCAGACGAAGUCUCAUUAUCAGGAUCAAAUAGUGGGAGUGGCGGUCCUUUUGCCAUGAACAAAAUCUCCGAUUACCGAAUGCGUCACAAGUUUUCAAAUAACGUUGGCCCAGGUGCUACUUGUCGGUCUCCGAACCCAAAUUGCUCACCUGGUCCUGCUGCAGCUUUACGGGUCAGAUGAUAAUUUCAUGCUACAAAUCUGUCUGGUGUGCUACUUGUCAAGUAAUAGUAUUUGCUGUUAAAAAUGUGGGUUCACCCUUGUAUUUGUUGCUUUGUAAAUGAUAUAUUAAGGUGACAAGAAGCCCUGCUGGAUGAUUUUUGUAUCAAUGUUUGAUAUUCUGUUCAUUUUUAUGGGAGUUAUUGUUUGCCGGAA